AGAACGGAAAAAGCAGUUUUCAUCCAAGAUUUUUAAUUAUUAUAAAAGAAAAAUUAAAAAACCAGCGGGUUAUGGGAAAAUUUCAUAAUUUUUCAGAGAAAAUAGAGAAAAUUGAAGACAAUCACCCAAAAAAGUUCGUCGGGAUCAAAAACUCAACGAAACGUCAUUUUUGUGGAUACCGGAAAAUUUUCAAGGCAUCAUGAAUAAGUUGCAAAAAGAAUUUGAGGCGGCAAAACGGGAACUCCUCGAUGGGAAGUAUUUGGAAUAUGAUCCAGAAUGGGCCAAUUUAUUUGCCUGGCUGCGUGAAAAUAUCACAAUAGACAACUUUGUGAGUAAGUCAAUGGAAGAGAAUGCCAAGUGUGAGGAAUUUUCCGAGGAGGAACUUGCUAAAAUAGAAGAAGAUUUUCCGGGUAUUUUUGAGGUUAGGGAUAGUGAUCUGAAAGCCGCUGAGGCUCAAUUGGGAGCCCUCAAGAAGGCAGAAGUGGAGUUCCGGGAGCAAAAUGCACAACUGGGGAAGAUCCUGGAGCAAGUAAAUGAUGAGGUCCGGGAGUUGUCAAAGAAGACCGUAGACACUGAAGCUCGGUGUGAGAUUUGGAGGCAAAAGGUGGAAGCUCACGAGGAAAAAUUGGAUUUCUUGAGCAAGGAGAGGGCUAAAAAGGUGGAGAAGUUGAAAGAGAUUUACAAGAGUCCUGAGGAAAUCCUUGCUGUCGGACACAUUCCAAUGGAUGCCUUGAAGAUAAAUAUGCUAGCUGCUGAAAAUCUACUUGACAAUUGCAUGUCAACCUUCAACACCGGGGGAAGUGGUUCGGAUUUUGAGAAUCUGAGCGGGAAGAUUGAAUUCUUUGCAGAGGAAAACCUCAGACUCUAUGAGAAGUUGCUGGAAAUCAAGGAAGAACUUGGCGGAGUGGAAGCAGCUAGUGAAAUGUUUAAUAAAUUCACAGAUUUCCCAAUGACUUCCGAAGAAAUUGAGAGACAAAUAGCUGAAAUGGAGAACAGGUCCGAGAUAUGCGUGAUGCAGAUUGAGGGCCUCACUACCCAGUGCAUGAUGGCCAAGAAGCUGGAGAUCACCAAGGAGAAGCAGGAAGUUUACAGAAAGAUUCAAGAGGAGAGGCUUCAGAAGUCAGAAAAUCGUCUUCAGCGUCUCCAGGAAAUCAGCAAGGUCACCGGGCAGAUCAAUCUCAUAGCAGACAUAAUCUGGGUUCUCCUACAAAUGGAUAGAAAGAGGAUUAAGGACGUCAUCUCAGUUUUGGGUAAGACUGAUCAAGUCGAUCUUGAGGAUCUCCUCUGGGACUUCGAUUUCAAUGCAUCAUCUCUCGAGCCGGACAUUCUAGCUCCCUUUAGAGAACCCACGGUGAAAUUUGUCCUAAAUCCCAAUCGGAAUGACUUGAUGCAAGAGAAAUUUUGCCAAUUCCGCAGAAUUGAGCAGGCUCUCAAGGACAUGGUAUUCGGUCCAACAAAGACUCCUACCCUCUACUCCCCAGAAAUAUCCAUCCGAAUGCACUUCCUAAAGAUCUUGGGGACGCAGAAUGAGGCUCAACUGAAGGAGAUCAAGGAUCGCUAUACAAAGGAAUACCUUGAACCGAAUAAAAACAAGAUCUGGGGUUACCGGAGGCGUCUCUGGAUCUGGUUUCUCACUAAGCCUGAAAAAAUACACAUGGCCAUUGAUUAUGUGACCAGGGAAGCUGCAAAUACUCCAAGAAGGACCAAAACUUUGCCUGGAAUCCGGAACGUUCAGUGAAUCUCUUUGGAAGGGAAAUAUUCAUUCGAUUCAUAUCACUCAUUCCAUUUGUUUUUGUUCAGAAUUUUUCUUAAAUAAAUUUUCAUGAAGAUCCUU